AAGGUGGGCGUGUUCAGUCCGCUGCAUCCUCCUCAUCCAUGAUCAGCAUCCUGCCGUUCUCUGUCCUGUCUUGUGAACAGCUCGGUUUGUUUGUAUUAUCGUCCGUCGGUUGUCUCCGUGUUACCGGACAGGUCGGUGAUGGCGGACGCGGUGGAGGGCGGGGUGUGCGGGGUGAAGGUGAUGUGUCGCUUCAGGCCGUUUAACGAGGCGGAGCGGAGCCGCGGAGACAAAAACAUCCCCAAAUUCAACGGAGAGGACACGGUGGUGGUGGCGGGGAAACCCUACGUGUUUGACACAGUCUUCACCCCCAACACUGAACAGGUACAGGUGUAUGACACCUGUGCACGGCAGAUUGUUAAAGAUGUAUUAGGGGGUUAUAAUGGAACCAUCUUUGCUUACGGUCAGACGUCGUCAGGAAAGACUCACACCAUGGAGGGAAAGCUACACGACCCUCAUCUAAUGGGAAUCAUUCCUCGUAUAUCUCAAGACAUAUUUGACCACAUCUACUCGAUGGACGAGAACCUGGAGUUUCACAUCAAGGUGUCUUAUUUUGAAAUCUACCUGGAUAAAAUCAGGGACUUACUGGAUGUGUCAAAAACAAACCUCGCCGUUCAUGAGGACAAAAACAGAGUUCCUUAUGUGAAGGGCUGUACAGAGCGGUUCGUCUCCAGUCCUGAUGAGGUGAUGGACGUCAUCGAUGAGGGAAAAGCAAACAGACAUGUCGCUGUCACCAGUCAGUGCCUCACUUUACCACUACUGCUACUUCUAUUACUACUACUACUACUACUAAUACUAUUACUACUACUACAACACAACUACAAAUCUGCUACGAUACUUCUACAAUACUACUACAAUACUACUACAAAACUACUAUGAUACUACUACAACACUAUAACGAUACUACUACAAAUAUACUACAGCACUACUACGAAACUACUACAACACUACUACAAAACUGCUGCAAUACUACUACAAUACUAUGAUAAUACUACAACACUACCACAAUACUGCUACAAAUAUACUACAACACUACUACAAAACUACUACACUACCACAACACUACUACAAACUGCAACAAUCCUACCACAACACUACUACAAACUGCAACAAUACUACAACAACACUACUACAAUACUUCUACAAAUCUACUACACCACUACUGCAAUACUGCUAUAAUACUACUACGAUGCUACUUCAACACUACUUCGAUACUACUACAAUACUACUACAACACUACUACGAUACUACUACGAUACUACUACGAUACUACUACAGCAUUACUACAAUACUUCUACAACACUGCUUCAAUACUACAACAAUACUACAGAUGUUUUGGCUUUUAUGUUGUGUUUUAUCAGUUCUCAUGUUUCAUUUUGUAGCUUGUGUUUAUCCCUGUCUGUUCCCUGUAUCAGUUAUAAAUUAUUCUGCGUCUACCUCGUGCUCGCCGUGUAUUCUUUUGGACUUUUGGGAUUUUCGUUUCUUGGACAUUUCAAUAUGAACGAGCACAGCUCUCGCAGUCACAGUAUUUUCCUGAUCAACAUCAAACAGGAGAACGUGGAGACCGAGAUGAAACUGUCAGGAAAACUUUACCUGGUUGACCUGGCAGGCAGCGAGAAGGUGAGUAAAACUGGAGCUGAAGGUUCUGUUCUUGACGAAGCGAAGAACAUCAACAAAUCUCUGUCGGCUCUGGGAAAUGUCAUCGCAGCUCUGAGCGAAGGAAAGAAAACUCACGUCCCCUACAGAGACAGCAAGAUGACCAGAAUCCUCCAAGAUUCUCUCGGAGGAAACUGUCGAACCACCAUCAUCAUAUGCUGCUCACCAUCUAUGUACAACGAGGCCGAAACAAAGUCCACGCUCAUGUUCGGACAGAGAGCUAAAACCAUAAAGAACACGGUGUCCGUCAACCUAGAGCUGACUGCUGAAGAGUGGAAGAAGAAAUAUGAGAAGGAGAAAGAGAAGAGCCACAGUCUGAACAUCGUCAUCCAAAAACUGGAGAACGAGCUGAAACGCUGGAGGAAAGGUGAGUCUGUUCCUGUGGAGCAGCAGCUGAGUGGCAGGAAUAAGAAGAGCAGCAGUGACACAAACGCAGUGACUGACAGCUUGGCCCCGCCCCCCGUUCCUCUGUCACACGAAGAGAAGACGCAAUAUGAGACGCUCAUCACCGACCUGUACCAACAGCUGGAUGACAAGGAUGACGAGAUUAACCAUCAGAGUCAGAUGUCUGAGAAACUGUCACAGCAGCUGAUCGAUCAGGAUGAGCUGAUGCUGUCCAGUCGGCAGGACUAUGAGCGCCUGCAGGAGGAGCUGUCAAGGCUGCAAAAGGAAGGUGACUCGGCUAAAGAAGAGGUGAAGGAGGUACUGCAGGCACUUGAAGAGCUCGCUGUCAACUAUGACCACAAGAGCCAAGAAGUGGAGACCAAGAACCGUAUGAACCAGCAACUGAACGAGGAGCUCUCAACGAAAACUGUUGGUCUGGAGGUGGUUCAGAGAGACUUUUCUGCCCUGCAGGAGGUCAGUUCUCAUUACAAGAGAAGAUCUGCAGAUAUCCUCAGUCUGCUGCUCAGAGAACUUAGUGACAUCGGCAGCGUCUUGGGGACCACGGACCUCAAAGCAAUGACGGAGGCGAGUGGUGUGAUGGAGGAAGAGUUCACCACAGCUCGUCUGUACGUCAGUAAGAUGAAGUCAGAGGUGAAGUCUUUGGUGAAUCGCAGCAAACAGCUAGAGGUGAACCUGACAGAGAACCGGUGCAGAACGGAGGCCAAUGAGAAGGAGCUUAACACCUGUCAGCUGCUGGUCUCACAGCUCCAGGCUAAGAUCGAGUCUUUGACAGAGGACCUGCAGAAGGUUGAGCAGAAGAAGAGGAAGGUGGAAGAGAGUCAGGACGCGCUGAUGGAGGAGGUCGCCAGGCUCAAUGCACAAGGUCAGAUGCAUGAGGUGACAGUGAUGGACAAAGAAAAAGAGCACAUGACCAGACUAAGAGAUGCUGUGGAGAUGAAGAGAACUCUGGAGGAGCAGAUGGAGAACCACAGAGAGGUUCACCACAAACAUCUAAGUCGCCUCCGAGAUGAGAUCGAGCUGAAGCAGAGAGACAUGGACCUCCUGAAGGAUGUGAAUCAGGCCGUGCAGCUGGAGAACAGGAAGCUUCUGUCAGACGUCGACAGACUCAGAGCUGAAGAUCAGAAGAAAGAACAGAAACUCCAGAAACUGAUGUUCCUGAAUGACAAGAGAGAACAAGCUAAAGAGGACCUGAAAGGUCUGGAGGAGACUGUGGCCAAAGAGCUUCAGAUGCUCCAUAACCUCCGUAAAGUCUUCAUCCAGGAAAUCGGCACCAGAGUCAAAAAUAGUUCGGAGAAUGAUUGUGACGAGGCUGGAGGCAGUCUGGCUCAGAGGCAGCGAAUCAUCUUCUUAGAAAACAACCUUGAGCAGCUCAGCAAAGUCCACAAACAGCUUGUGCGGGACAAUGGAGAUCUUCGUUGUGAGUUGCCCAAGCUGGAGAAACGUCUGAGAGCUACAGCUGAGCGAGUCAAAGCUCUUGAAACGGCCCUGAGACACGCCAAAGAGUCUGCCGUGAGGGACCGUAAACGCUAUCAACAGGAAGUGGAUCGCAUCAAAGAGGCUGUACGUUUCAAGAACGUGUCGCGUAGAGGACACUCUGCGCAGAUAGCCAAGCCAGUCAGAGCGGGACAUCAGCACCAUCAGCAGCAACCCUCCUCUGCAUCCAUUCGGACCCCCAUCAGGGGAGGCGGGGCCACAUCCAGUCCACGUCACCACUCUUCCCGACAGCAACAACAGCAGCCACAAUUUCAUCAGAGCCACACCAAGUAGAAUAAAUGUCAGAGACGGCUCUGCAUCAGUUCCCUUUUUGUGGAUGUUUGAAUUUCACCACUCUGCCUUUACUGGAACAAGACUCCCCUUUUUUAUUCCACCUGAACAACCAUUCCACCUUAACAACCAUUCCACAUUAAGUGCUAAGCAACAAAUGGUUGCUUGGUUGUAAAAGCCAAGCAACCAUGCAACUCUAACAGCCUUUCUAACUGGAUAACCAUUCCACUUAAUUAACAAUUCCACCUUACCAACCACUUAAGAACCAUUCCACCUUAACAGCCGUUCCACCUUAAGAACCAUUCCACCUUAACAGCCAUUCCACCUUAACAACCGUUCCACCUUAAGAACCAUUCCACCUUAACAGCCAGCAGUGCUGUCAGUCUUAUGUGGGUGACUCUGUGGCUGCUUUUGUCCCGUCAGUCCGUCCUGAUUCAGCCUAAACUCAGUCUAUAGUCUGUGAACAGAAUAAAUCUGCAGUAGAUAGACUCCCCGGAUGUCGUACUGAUUCAGGAACGUCUCAGUCUGCAGCAGACCAGUCUCCCUCAUGUACUGUUUCCCACAAUGCACAGCGCUAAAGUUCUCCAUCUUCUUGUUUACGUAUAUGACAGGGGCGCUCAGUUUUUAGGUGCUGUGAGAAUUAUUAAAUUCCAUAUGAACCACUUCUUAACUUUUUAAAUCAUAAGUGAUGCUAAAGAAGCAGUUUAUCUGUCAGCUCGGUCGCUGUUAACUUCCGCAUUCGGAACCAAAAAUUAAGCGACGCCUGACGCAGCAUCCUGCAGACCAGAUCCUGCAGACCAGAUCCAACAGAACAGUCAGACUACAGACUCCCUUCAGACACAAUAUGCAGUAUGUCCUGAAUACUGCAUUCAAAGGGAGUCUGUAGCAGGCCAUUUUGAGAACAGCCUGUGUUGUGUUCAGGGAACAGAUACUCUCUGACUCUGUGUUGUGUUCAGGGAACAAAUAUUCUCUGACUCUGUGUUGCGUUCAGGGAACAGAUACUCUCUGACUCUGUGUUGUGUUCAGGGAACAGAUACUCUCUGACUCUGUGUUGCGUUCAGGGAACAGAUACUCUCUGACUCUGUGUUGUGUUCAGGGAACAGAUACUCUCUGACUGUGUUGUGUUCAGGGAACAGAUACUCUCUGACUCUGUGUUGUGUUCAGGGAACAGAUACUCUCUGACAGAGCUAUGAUAAAUUCAGUGUUUAAUGAAACGUGUAAUUCAGGGUUUAUAAAGUGUAAAGAUGUUGUGUUGGUGUUGGUGUUUCUAGUAAGUAAAUUAACUUCUUUUUUCACGAACCCUAAAAACACAGGACUAAGUUAUUUUAAGAGGUGGUAUCAUCCUUUUUUCGUAUUUUGAAAACAUAUUUCAAGUUAAAAUCUGAAUAUAAUAUAUAUAUGAACAAAGAGUAUGGUCUGCUAUGUUUGUAAGGCGACUUGAGAUAACAUUUGAUGUAUAUAUAAUAUAGACGGAUUGAUAAAAGUGAAGGAUGAAGAGUCCGCAGGCUGCUCUUAACGACUUCUUCAAAAAGUCUCUUGAGAUUUCAGCGAGAUCAACACCAGAUUUGCUCAAAAUUUGACAUCCCCAGUGAAGUUACUUAUUUAAGAAAGAGAAACAUGAUACGGGGGCGGGAUUCUUAAAGAGACUGUAGCUGAAAUGAGUGUUUCAAAGGCAGCAGAUUUAAGAAUCCUUUUUAGACAUAGUUUUCAAUUUUUUUUCCAUUCAGUCCUCUGCUCUCAUUUUGUUACAACAAUGUUGAUACAUUAUUACUCCAUGCAAUUUAUUUGGAAAGAUAUUAUAAGAACAUUAAAAACCUGGAAACAAAUUAGCAUCACAAUAUAAAAAAUAAGGCAGGUCGAUCAUUUAACAUUGAUCUAUGAUUUCUUCCUUUAUCAUUAAAACAGUAUUUUCAUUAUUCCUAAAUUUCAUCAUUUGUUUUUUACAUAUCUACUUUUCUGAUUUUGAAUGUUUACGAUAAUAACAUAUAUUUAUUAAUAAUGUUUAUUCUGGAGCUGGUUUGUACCUUUAAUGCCUUUUUUUUAUCAGUCGGAGUUUUUAUCAGUGUAAUAUUUCUACAUGCACAUGUUGAACUUUUGCUGUCUUUGUUUUCUGUUGUCCUGGAUUCACCUGAACGCCUCAUGAUCAAAAACAACAGUGUUAGAGUGUCUGUUAUUAAACUGUGGGAAAACAGGAA